CAAUGCGGCGUGUGGCUCGCAGCUGCUGUCGAUCGGGGGGGGGCGGCGCCUGGCUGCUAUUGGGCACACCGCCGCAACACACAGGGCGCAGCCGCAGUGUUUGCGAUAAAUUGGACCCCCCUCGCGCACGUGCGCUUAUAUGUGCACAGGUUCGGCUUCAAAUGAGGCGCGCCGCUUGUUGCAUUUACUGCUAGUGUCUUACAAGGCCGCUAGCUAUUAUUCAGAGCGCUGCUUUUUGUAUUACGGGGCAGCCGGCCGUGCCAACUGGCAGGCAGUGCGAUUGGUGAGCAGCGUGCCGUGCCCAUGCAAGCGGAGCAAGGACCAUCAAGCGCACUGCGACUCGUAGGACGGGGGCAGCGUGCCAACCAAGCACAAGCGGAGUGAGCAGCGCCGGUGACGAUGCGGCUCGGUCGCGUCGUCGUCGCCGCGGCGCUCGUCAGUAGUGCCGCUCGACCGAGCCCCGCCGGUGAACGGCCAUCCGUGUCGUGGAACGCCGCGCGCGAGGAGUGCGAGUCCCGCGGCCAGGGCCUCUGCUCGUCCGAAGAGCUCUGUCCGACCGGUGCGCCGUUCGAUGGCGGCGUUUACAGCUCGGACACGUGGGUGCCCGUGUCGGACGGCAGCGACGAGUGGCUUCAGUACGGGAAAUGGGCGAACGGACCACUCUGCAGUCUGCACAGCGUCCAGCACGCGCCCGACCCGCAUCCCUGCCACACCCAUCAUGAUCCGGUGCGGUACCCAGAUGCGGCGAGCUGCGGCCACUCCUUCUUGUACUGCUGCGGCGACUACGCGCCGUGGAUCCCGCAGCUGCCCGAGCCACCGACGGUGUGCGACAACUCGAAGUGCAGCCGGCAGCUGUCGCUUCCUUGUCGCUGGCCGUACGCCUACACCUUUGACCGUCGCUGCACGCCCCUCGCGGCAAACGAUCCGUACAUGGACGACUUCGUCCCGUUUUUGCUGGAGAGGUGCGCGAAGGACGAACAUUGCAGCGGCGUGUUCGAGCCGCUCGGCCGCCUCGAGCCGGAGGUCUAUAGCCACGACGGGACCCUGGGCUACCUCACGUGCGACGCGCGCCACGCCCCCGAGGCCCUCCCGGCCUCGAACCUCUACGACACGCAGGGAGUCAUAAUCACGUGCGCGGGCAGCGGGAACUGUUCGUCGCCCAGCUACGUCGGCCCGGUCUUCGACCGCGCCUGCGCGCGCACCGCCCGCCUCGGACAAAUCAGCGAGGGCGCGUACGAGAUCAUCGACCAUCCCUGGUCCUAUUACGACGGCGCGCGGUCCCGCAUGGGCCUCAAGGAGUGCGCCGCCGCCGUGCGCGCACUCGCCGGGACCGGGUGCGACGGCGAGUACUUCUACUGGAGUCCCGACAUCACGUGUCGCUGCGUCACGGAUCAUUGCGCCGCGAGAAUCGCGGCGCUGGACGACUGGCAAUUGUACAAGUUCGGGUGCCCGGACGCCGCCGGAAACCGCCCGGCGGCGAACGAGACGUGCCGGAGCGACAUCUGCACCGACUACGGGUGGGACUGCUGCGCGCCGUUCCCCGAGCGGCCGGGGUGCAGCCUCGCGGGCUACGCCGUCCGGUCGGGCGGCGUGUCGCGCGACGGGGCGUGCGAGGACCCGGACGCGGUGUACCAGUGCUGCGCGACGGAACCGGGCGCCGUCGAGCCAACGACGGACUUCGACGGCUGCCUCGCGGGCUACUACACGUGCGCCAACUGCUGCGACCAGGACGCGGACUGCUCCUGCGACGGGCUCGGUGGCGACGCCUACGCGCAUGAAUGGCGCACGCCCCGGUGCCCCGAAGGAUACUACGAGUGCGGCGAUUGCUGCGACCGCGACGCGGACUGCGCCUGCGAUAGUAGUUGCACGGCGCGACUGGCGGAGCCGCGGCCCACGCCCGCACCCUCGCCCAGGCCGACCCCGCCGGCUGCACCGACGACCACGACCUGCGUGUCGGACGACUUCGAAGGGACCAGCCUCGACCCGCAGUGGACGUCUUCCGCCGGCGGCGACGGCGAGUGCGCGCUCAGCGGCGCCGGGGUGUUGGUCUGCAAGAACGCGAACAAUGGCGCGCACAUUCGCACGGCGAAUACAAUCAUCGAGGCCCCGCUGAUGAUCAGCGGGUCGCUCGACAAGACUGACGAUUGUUCGGACCACUACAUAAAGGUCUCCACCCAAAGCACUGAUUCGGGCGCGCCGUGGUCCAACCGCCCCGGCUUUGUCACGUUCGUGUGGAACUGCGAUUACCGGGCCAUCUACGGCCAGACCGGCGUCGUGUCCACCUAUAGUCCGUCGCGGCAGACCUACGACAUCGAGAUCACGAUCGACGAGUCGACGGUGACGUUUCGGGACCCUACCGAGGCGGAGACGGUGACGAUCGACUGCCGAAACGACAUCUGCACCGACUACGGAGAUGACUGUUGCGCGUCGGAACAUUGGGACGAGCCCCGCGGGUGUCGCGUAGCGGGCUUCGUGCCCCGCUCGGGCGGGCAGAAUUAUUGGUGCCCCGAGGAGGAGAGGUACGAGUGCUGUGGGGAAGUCAGUGGAGUCAGUGGCGACCUCAGUCUCUCGGACACUAUUGGCGCGUCCGGACCGCUCUAUGCCUACGUCGGCGCGGACUGCGACGGUUGCGAGGCCGCCUGGGACUCUGUGGAGAUCUGCUCGUGGUCGGAAGCGCCUACCUCCGCGCCGACGGCGCCAUGGCCGUCGGACUGCUCUUCGGCCGGUAGAUUUAAGUACGAAGGACAUACGGGCUACUGCGUCGAGGCUGACGGCGAGAUCUACGACGUCCUGCUCGUCGAGGACGGCCAAUAUACGUGCCGCCACACGGACGAGAACAGCUGCCCGGCAGGCUUCGACAUCUGGGUCCCGCGCAGCUACGCGCACGCGCUCGCCGUCGUCGAGGCGACGGGCUGGUAUGACCCACUCGUUGGCAUUUACCGCGACGAGAGAGGCUGCGGUUCGUGCCAGGGCUACGCGAUGAACAGCGACGCUAUGGCCACGUACGGCGGCGUCGGCUGGAAAAGCGUUGCCGGGGAUCCGUGGUUCAUGCGGUUGUCGAGCUACAGCGAGCCAAACGGCGACUACGAAGCCGGCUGCUGGCUUGGCACGCACGGCUGGACGGAAAACGAGGGCUUUGAGUUCUUUGACUACUGGUGCCGUAACUGCCGGUCGUCGUACCUGUGCUCGCGGAACGGGGCCAAGCCCGUGCCCACUCCUGCGCCGACAACGGCAGCACCGACGGCGACGCCCGCGCCGACUCCGGCGCCGACAACAGCAACGCCGACGGCGACGCUUGCACCAAUACACGAGGGGGAGAACGUACGUGUUACAACCAGCGGCUCCUUCGUGCACGUCGAUCAAGCGAAGAGCUUUGACGAUGCGCGCGCGUACUGCCGCGCGCACUAUCACGACCUCGCGUCAAUCCACAGCUCCAGCGAGAAUGCGGCAGUUGCGGCGCUUUGUCACGGUGGAUGCUGGAUCGGGGGCUCCGAUGCGGCCCAAGAGGGCACGUGGACUUGGUCGGACGGUACGGCGUGGGAUUACGAGAACUGGGAAUUCGGAGAGCCCAACAACGGGGGGGGCGACGAGCCCUACAUCGUGAUCUCCGACUCAGGACGAUGGAACGACGACAGCCGCUAUGGUACUUACCCAUUCGUGUGCGGUUGGGAAAUAUGCAGCCUCGCGUACCACGACAACGUGUCCCAGCCCGAAGGGUGGUGCCCGGUCGGGUACCACGACUGCGGCGACUGCUGCGACUUCAGCGCCGACUGCGAGUGCGCGCGCGUUCGCCGCGGCGUCGACGACGGGUCCUGCGGGCCCGGCGUCGACGACCUCGCGUGCUCGGUGCGCAAGGCGCGACGGACCGAACACGGCGACCACCACACGGAAUGCACGGAGCAGCGGCCCUGGACCAUGCAAUCCGAAAAUUGUUGGGACGGGAUCGCGCGAGCGCCCCGGGGCCAGUGCUGCGCGGGGCCGAACGAGGUCCCCGUGUGCGAGGACGGCUACACGGUCGUGCCGGGGGACGCGCCCUGCGUCUUCACCUGCUGCAAGGGCGACGCGGAGGCGUUGACCGCCACCGAAGUGGACCGGGCGGGCGCGGUGUGCUGGGAGGCCCACGCGAACGAGGGGAAGUUCCCUGUCCCACACUGGGCAGCGGGUGGCAUCGAGUUCCAUUACCUUUGCUGCGACGACUCUUCGGACCACUGCCCCAACACGACGAGCAAGGUCUACAUCGUCGACGACGGGACGCGCCACGGCUGGGACGAGGGCGAGUGGUUCCGCGAGACCGAGUGCCGCGCCAGAAUAGUUACUUUCUGGUCGCACUACGACAUGAGCGGCCAGUAUUGGGAGAUACGGAAAACCGAUCCGUUCACGAAGCCGACGCGGCGCGGCGACUGCAACGCGGACGCCUGCCGCUCGUUCAAGCCCGGCGGGCCGCGGAUCGCCGCCCUCGAGGACGUCGUCGACCGCGACCCGGGCGACCUUGGGCUGAACUAUAACGACGACUGCUCGCGCGUCGCACCGCCCAUCCAAGGCGUCAAUGUAGCCGAUGUGGCGCUCCGCGCCUUCGGCCCGCCGGCCGCGGCGCGGUACUGCGCCGACGGGCACCGGCUCGCGGGCAUGGACUACGUGCCGGGCGUCGGCGCCUGCUGCACGAACGCGACGGCGCCGGCCGGUUGCGUGGCGCCGCUCCCCGUCUGCUUCCACGAGACCGGGCUGCGGCGGUGCGACGUCCUCCUCAAGUACUUCGGCGCGGCCUACGACGCGGUGCCGGCCCACAAAAUCGAGGAGCUGUACGGAAAAGGGGGGACCGCGGGCUGGACCGGGCGCGCCGCGGGGAUAGAGCACGUCCGCGACCGGCCCUGCGGGUUCUCGCCGCGGCGCGCGCCGUACGCCUGCGACGACCUGCGGUGCGACCCCGACACGCAGACGCUGUACUACGUGCGCUCCCACAAGUGGCGCUGGUGGUCGUUCCUGGACUACUGGUUCGGCUGGUACGGCCGAAGCCCCUGCCACCGGUCGUGGUGGCGUACGGACCUGCCGGGUCGGCGGCCCUGGCCGCACACCGCGAAGAAUCGGUGGGAGGGCGAGCGGAUGCGGAUCCGGGCCUGCGGCGUCGUGACCGCCGACGGCGAUUUCUUCCACGCGCAGCUCCGGGAGAAGAAGCGCUGGGACGAGGCCGGCUGCGCCGGCUGCAGAAACACUUGCGCCGGCUGCGCAGACAGAGCUCCUGAAUCUGCGAGUAUCAGCGGCGAGGCCCCCUACCGGACGCCGUGGCACGGCGCCGAUUUCCGCGUGGAACCCCUGGGCGAUCCGUACUACCGGCAUCACGAAAAGCAUCAUGAACAUGAGCAACCGGAGACGUACGUCGAGCACCCGUGGACGCACUUCUGGGCCUCUUCCCGCGCGCCGCGGCGCUGGAGCGGGCUCGAGGCGCGGCCGACGGCGGCGGCGGCCGACGCGUGCGCGCAGGACGCGGAGCGAGAGUUCUACAGCGGCUGCCUCGGGACCUGCGGGAAGACGUGCGACGAGCUCGGCCACGACCCGGUCCUCUUCGAGAAGCUCAAGGACGCGGUGAAGCGGUGGCCCGACGCGGGCGGCGGCGAGGCGAUCCCGGACGUCUGCGGCUUCGACGCGACCAUCGCCUGGGACGCGGACCCGACGUGGUGGACCUGGCGCCAGGUCCUGGCGAUCCUGGCGCUCGUGGGUCUCUGGGCGGCGGGCGUCGCCUGGGCCUGCUGCAUAUCGCAGCCGACGUGCUGGGGCUACGCCCGGCUCCAGAAAAUCCGGAACUGGGCGGCGGACGGGAAGCUGACGCGGUGGGGCCUCUUCUGGUGCUGCGGCGGCUGGUUCUUCGCGAGUCUGGAGCUCUGUCUGCGCCGGCCCGCGCUACUUUUUGUCACGGUCGUUCCCGUAGUGCUCGCGGUGACGCUCAGCGGGCAAUUAGGGGCGGGCGCCGCGGCGCUCUUUUUCUUCCUGUUCUUCGGCGGGCUGCUCAUCGUGUUCCGCGAGCAGGUCCGCGCGCGCUACGAGAAGUUCUGCGAGCGGCGCUCCUGGUUCGGACGCCACGUCGCGCCAAUUCUGGAGAAGCUCUCGCCGUGCGUGGGAAAAAUUUCGGCCGGCGCCGCGGCCGUCGCGUGGCCCUUCAGGAAAGGAGCGGCGGCCGCGCGGUCCUGUCUCGCGCGCUACUGCUACUGCUUGUGCGACUCCUUCCGGCGAUGCCUGGUCAAGCGGCCGCCCGCGGCCGUCUACACCGCGGAGGACGGGACGGAGCAGACGGCCCCCUGGGUCGUGGCGCCGGGCCCGCCGGGCACGAUCGUGACCCGCCCCGAUGGCAUCAAGGUCAAGGUGCCGGAGGGCGUCCAAAGGGGCCAGCUCUUCUCGCUCGCGGAGGCGGCGCCCGCGGGCGACGGCGCCGUCGCGCCGAAACACGCCGCCGAGCCGCCGUCGCUCACGGAACGCACCGCGCUCCUCGCGCGCAAGGCGUGGAUUAUAAAAAAGCGCACGACCGCCGCGCUGGCCAAGCAAGUAUUCGUCCCGCUCCUCGGCGUCGGCGUCCUGUGGUUACUGUACAACGCCAGGGAAGAGAACCGGCUAGCGAGGAGCACCGUUGCAAGCGAUACGAGCGCGACGAGCGCGCCGACGGCCGUCACGAAGACCCGCAAGCGGACGACCUUCGACACGAACCACGGCGACUUCGAGCUCGUCAUCUUCCAGUUGUUCUUCGUGCCGUGGGUCCAGGUCGUCGCCUCGGCGUUGGUGGGGGACGUUGCGCAAGGCACGCGCGAGGCGACGCGCGCGGCGGGCGGCGCCGACGCGGCCUACUGGCUCGCAUCCUUUUUGGUCGAGGGCGUCGCCGUCGGCGGCGGCGUCGCCGUCGCGAUCGCCGCGGGCGCCGCGCCGGGCCUCUUCCGGCGCGCCGGCAAGAGUUUCGAGGUCGCCGCGUUCCUCGAGCUCUUCGCCCUCCACUGGCUCUUUCUGCUGGCGCUCGUCCUCCAGACCUUCGUGGUGGUCACGUGCCUCCUUCGGUCGCAGAUCGCCGCGGCGGGGCUCCCGCCCCUGUUGCACGCGGCCCUGCACGGGUGCUACUUGCUCUGGGCCCCGCUCCGGACCUGGAACGUUGGGAAACGGAGAUACAAAACGAACUGGCGCUUGCGGGCGCGGCCGCGCGCGCACUUCGCAAGCGCGCUCCUGCCGCAGUUCGCCUACGAUUUGUUGGUGGACUCGUUCAGCCCGACGAAAAAACGAGCGGGCUGGCGGUGCUGGCUCGUCGACGACGGUUUUGUGGGGGAGCGCUACCCGUGCGAGAAGUGUAGAAAAGAGUGCUGGGAAAAAGCCCCGAGGCCGCGGCGCGAGGCCUUCGAGCAGCAUCUGGCGAGGAAGUCGCUGACGGCGGCGCCCUGCGCCGACGAGCACCUCAUGUGCGAGGACGUCUGGCCCUUCUGGUACGAGAAGACUGAGGAUCGGGGCUGGCGGCCCGAGUCCGCGUGGACGGCCGGGGUCUACUGCAUGCUGAUGGUGUCCGUGGUGUUGUGGGCGGCCGUCCUGUGGUACGUGAUCCAGGUGUCCACGUCGGCGGCGCGGGGCAAGGGCAAGGACCUGCUCUUUUGCCUCCGGAAGGCGUACUGGCGACCGCCGCCGCCGGACGAGGUCGUGGAGAAGGCGCCGCUCGUGGACCACGACGAGUGGUUCGAGAAUGAUAAAGAUAGCGACGCGCCGGUCCAGGUAAGAGGCCUCCGGAAGGUCUUCGGGAAGAAGGUCGCCGUAUCCGACGCGACGUUCGCGAUCCGCGACUCGGAGAUUUUCUGCCUGCUGGGUCACAACGGCGCGGGCAAGACGACCACCAUGUCGAUGAUGACUGGAGCAAUGGCGCCCGACGGCGGCAGCGCAAGUUUCUUCGGGAUCCGCACGCUCGGCCCCUUAGCCGACGCGGAUGGUUUGGAUAGGCUCCGCCAGCUCCUCGGCUUCUGCCCGCAGCACGACGCGCUAUUCCCUCGGCUCACGCUCCGGGAGCACCUCAUUUUCUACUCGCGGCUCAAGGGCGUCGAGGAAUCUAGAGCGGAGAACGAGGCGUCUGGCCUGCUGGAGCUCUUCCGCCUCACGGAAAUGGCCGAGGGGUUUCCGCUCAAGCUCUCGGGCGGCCAGAAGCGCAAAGUGAUGAUGGCCGCGGCGCUGACCGGCGGGUCCAGACUCGUGGUCCUCGACGAGCCGACGGCGGGGAUGGACCCCGUGGCGCGGCGCGAGGUCUGGACCCUGCUGCGCGACGUCCGCGUCGACCGGUCGGUGCUCCUCACGACGCACCACAUGGAGGAGGCCGAAGCGUUGGCGGACCGGGUGGCGAUCAUGGCGGCCGGGAGCGUGACGUGCUGCGGCACUCUAUCUUUCCUGAAGCGGCACUUCGGCGGGGGCGACGACGCAGCGGACGGCACGUCGACCGGCGGCCUUCACAUCGCGGUGACGACGGCCGCCGCGGCGCGCGAUCAACUUAAAGCGGUUUUUGCGCAGCACAUGCCCAAAGCCAAGCUAGCGGCGGCCUCGAAGCUCGAGGAGGACCUCCGCCGGGCGACCGAAACGGACGCCGCGAAUCCGCUCCUCGGGUCGACACCCAAAAGCUUUUCCUCAUCAUUUAAGAGCCCGCUCCUGAACGCGACCCGGGGCGCGAGCUUCUCCGCGUCGCGGAACUGGGCGGACGGCGCCGAGGCCCCCCUCCUCGAGGACUCCGCGCGCGACGUCACGACGACGUACACCAUCCACGCAUCCAAGGCGCGCGUCGCCGCUCUCUUCGAGGGGCUGGAGGCCGAGGCCGACGGCUUGGGUCUCGUCGACGUUUCCGUGACGGCGACGUCGCUCGAGGACGUGUUCAUAUCCGUCGGCGAGCAGGUCGAGGGCGCGGCGGCGCCCGUAGAGGCGGAGACGUUGGUUGGCGGGGCCUUGCUGCCGUCGGCGCCGGGCGAGCCGGUGCCGGCGGGGAGGCUCGUCGCGGCCGUGGUCCAGUUUCGGCUCCCAGCGGUGCAGACAGAUCAAAGUGACCUCGACUCACCUCUUGAUUCCCACACAGGCUCCAGCAAAUAAGAGACGACCUCGUGUGGAUCAAAAAGUUCGUCCUCGGCGGCGCGGCGCUGCCCGGCGGGCUCCGGCGCGCCGUCAAGCGCGCCCGCGGCGACAAGGGCGGCGCCACGACUUUCACCGUGCCAACGCCUUUCGCCGUGCUCGCCGCGGUUUUGUCCUCGGGGUUUAUCGUUGGCUUGGCUGUGGGCUUGACCGAAAAGGGAAGCCGGGAUUCGCCCCGGGGGUGGGCGGCGGGCACGGCGGCCGGAUCGGCCGUUGCGGCUUCGACACUCGCCUUGGCUGCUUUGGAGUGCGGCAUACGUUUUAUUGGAGGCGCCGCGUUGUCCGCGCCGUUUUCGGUCGCGGGAUGCGUCGUCGGCUCCGUUUUCGGCGUUUGCGUGUGUGGUUUAAAUGCGCAGCAUCAUUUCGUUCUUCACGCCUUUACGGGAGGGCUGACGUGGGCGAUAGCCACGGCGGUAGCGGUCGGCCUCGAGGCUGGGCUCCGGCCGUACUUUGGCGUACCCACGUCGGCAGCCGGCGCGGUCGCGGGAUGCCUAGUCGGAUGGCUCACGGGCUGGCGCGCUUUCAGUGCUCAAUUCUAACUCUUCGACGGGCGGAGAGUCCAAGCACCCAAAACGCUGGUUUAUUUCCGCACAGGAGCGUAUGCCUGAGCGUGCGCAAAAAGACGUUUCGGCGCAUGGCCGCGAGCGCGGCGGGCCGCCGCGCGCGGGCGCGGACCGCCGGCGGCGUCGCCGGAUUCUUUGUUGGCCUCGUCGUGGAAGUUUUGGGCUCCGUCUUCGCCUCAGCGUUUUGUUCCGCCGGGAUACAUGGAACGACCCUGGUGCUCCUCCAAGUGGCGGCGGCGGCGAUGCCGCUGGUCGUGCGCGCGCAAAUGCCCGGCAAAGGAAAGCGGGCGUUCGGUUUCAAAAGUAGACACGCGGAGUACUACAACACCCUCGUCGCGGGGGUCCUGGUGGCCGCCUAUCUUCUUGUGGCGGGCUUCGUGGUGGAGCCCUACGUCCGCGAGCGAGCCAGAGGUCUGCGGAAUCUAUUGGCCGUCUCGGGCCUCGACACCUUCACGUACUGGCUGGGAAACUGGCUCGGCGACGCGCUGGUACUCGUGGGCGGCUCGGUCUGCGUCGUUUUCAUGUUAGCGGCGACGCGCAUGGCAUAUCGCAAGCGGUUAUGUAGCAGCGCGCCGACCUACGCGCAGCUCCACGCGGCCGCUCGGAAGGAGCAGCUCGACCUAGGGCCUUACGAUGCGACCGUCGAGUCCAUGGCGGACGCUUUCAAAAGCAGGUACCCGCAGGGCUUCGACGAAGACCCGAACGAUCUGUGGCGCUCCGAGUCCUACGAUACCAUCAAGCAGUGGUACUGCGGCAGCAUCUGGGACCACGGCAUCGGGGCCGGGGCCUGGCAGAACGCAACCAAAUUUGUCGUCCGCCGCUGGAUGGAACGCUGGCCGUGGUUGUGGAUUUUACUGCCGCUCUGUAGCGCUGGGAUCGUGAGCUUCUCGCACUUCGCGACGACGACAUUCGACUCUCCGCUCAUCGCGGUCGCGUCGACGCCCAUUUUCAUCGCUAUCCUGGGCGGCGCGGCGCCGGCCGGGCUCGCGGGCCUCUGGUGGGUCGCCACCAGCGAUCCAGACAAGAUGCUCGGCCAAGAUUUCCUCUGUAAGAUAGGGUGGCUCGCAUCGAUCGCAACGCCGUUCGGCAACUUGGCGGUCCAGAUCUGUAAGGUGGCCUUCCACCCGCAGCUGAAGCGCGCGGGAUUUCUCGAGGCGUCGGGCGACGGGCCCCUGGGGCGGCAGCGCGCGGACCCGCCUUUACCGAGCGGCUGGGCGGCCGUGAUCUUCGCCUUGUUCCACAUCGUGCUUUAUGAAGGAAUAGUCUUCUUUAAAGAUCGACGGGCCCUUCGCCCGCUCGCCUGGGUGAAGACGCGUGUCUCCAAGGCGCGCGCGACCGCGAUGCCCGACGACGUCGCCGCGGAGCGCGCACGCGUCGCGGCGCUCACCGGCGCGGGCGACGCCGCGAGCGCGGGCGACGCCCUGUCGACGGGCGAAGACGACUUCCAGAUUGUGGUAGACGAGCCGGAGGAGGAAGCGCCGCCGACGCGGCAGCCGCGGAUGAGCCUUUCCGCCGCCGUGCGUGACACCGUCGCCAUGCUGCGGAACGUGCCGCCGGGCGACGACCCGUACCCGCCGCCGCUCGUGCGAGACAUCAAGUCAGCGGACCGCGACGGCCUCGUCGUCUCGGACCUGCGGAAGAUAUAUCCGCCGCGGUUCUUCGGCGGUUCGGCCGUCGAGUCCGUCCAGUGCGCGGCCUUCGGCGUGCCGACGGGCCAGGUCUUUGGUUUACUAGGCGCGAACGGCGCCGGGAAGACGACGACCGUGUCGAUGGUCUGCCGCGCCGUCGAGCCGACGUCCGGGGACGCCAGGGUCGCGGGAAAGAGCGUGCUUUUCGACUUCGAGAACGCGGCGGCGCGCGCGCUCGGCGUCGUCAACCAAAAGAACGUCCUCUGGGACCACCUGAGCUGCCGAGACCAUCUGAGUCUCUUCGCGCGGCUCCGGGGCGUCGAUAUCGAAGGAGACGCGCGCCAUGCCGCGGAGCAAGCGCUCGCCGUCGUCGGCCUGUCCGACCACGCCGACAAAGCGGCGGGCCGCCUGUCGGGGGGCAUGAAGCGCAAGCUGGCGGUCGCGGUGGCGCUGGUCGGCGGCCCCUCGGUGGUGUUGCUGGACGAGCCGUCGUCGGGCCUGGAUCCAGGAGCGCAAAGGAAUCUCUGGGACCUCAUCAAGGUCACGAUGAAGGGCCGCGCCGUCGUCCUGACGACGCACUCGAUGGGCGAGGCCGAUCUCCUCUGCGACCGCGUCGGCAUCAUGGUCAAGGGCACCAUGCGCUGCAUCGGGACGCCGCAGGAGCUCAAGGAGCGCUACGCGGCGGGCUACGAAAUCUCGUGCCGCCUGGAGACGCGGGACGACGCGCACGUUGCGGACCUCGUGGCGUUCGCGCGCGAGGCCUUUUCGUCGCCGGACGUCGACGUCGCCGCCGCGGACGCGGACAUCGCGACGCUCGAGCUCGCGGGCGUCGACCCGCGGCGGACGCCGGCGCUCGCGUUCCGCGCGUUCGACGACGACGCGUGCGCGCGGCUCGGCGUGAUCGACUUUUCGCUCGCGCGCGCGACGAUGGAGAAGGUGUUUUUGAGGAUUGCCGGCGGCGAGGAGGGUCUGGCGCAGUCGCGGCUCGGCCGGGAGAUCGCCGAGAUGCUCCAGGCCGAGGCCGACGACGAGGCGCAGAAGGAACUCGAUAAGGUGCCUUUCUUUGAGGCGACGUGCCUCGGGUGCCACCGCUACGCGUGGGUCGUCGGCUGCCGCUACCAAUUCGGCUGUUAUCUGGUGUUGGGGGCCCUCUCUUUGUGCGCGAACGAUGCCAAGCGUCGGCGCAACGACCCAAGAGCUCUGCACAACGCCCGCGGCCCAGCAACAAGAACCACGUGGGACAUGGAGCUCAUCCAGUGGGGCGUGUUCUUCUACUGGAGCGACUGGGGCCUGCAGGUCGCGUGUGCACUUAUGUUCGUCACCUGGUGCGUGUGCGCCCCGUGCGCGCUCUGGUGCCUGCGGAUGCCGGCCCGCGGCGACGGUUCCGUCGCGCCGGCCUAG